GCUAACCGUUUUCAGUUUGACGCGCGGCGACAAGGCGCUGCCAAGUCUGACAACAAAAUAUACGCUACAUAUGCAGCUUAAUAUUAACCGCCAUGGUAUCUUAAACCGGGGGAGGAAUACACGGUUUCAUGCUCGGUAGGUGACCGGAGUCAGCUAACUUAUCACCGUCGAGUCGACACGCUGCUCCCGGGGAACACAGCCGCCCUAAGUGGACGCUGGAGAGGCUACAAUGAGCUCGGAGCACCAGAGCGACAGCGAGGACGCGGACGAGACGCGGCGGGACAGGCCCGACGGAGAGGAAGACCCUGACAUCGACGACUCGGGCGUUGGGGAUGAAACCCCUCAAGAAGGUUCCCCUUCCCGACCGGAGCGUAGCCCGGCGAGGUCUCCGGCGUCCCAGGACCGGGCGCCCACCAACUGCCGAUCGCCCGCCGCGGCGCCGCAGACGGGGACCGGCGACGGGGAGGACGGGGUCUCCAGCAGCGAGAGUCGGCGGGGAAACAGUCUGUUUUCAUGGCUUCAGACCAGGACGAUAAGACGAGGGGUGUUUGUGGACCCAGCUAGGGAUAACUUCAGGACAAUGACCAACUUGUACUGCUCCAUGAAUCCGGCUGUGGAGUCUGUGAACCUGAGCACUCAGACCCACGGAGCCGUGUUCAAUCUGGAGUACUCCCCGGACGGGUCUGUGCUGACUGUCGCCUGUGAGCAGACUGAAGUCCUGCUGUUUGAUCCCAUCUCGUCCAGACACAUCAAAACCCUGACGGAGGCCCACGAGGACUGUGUCAACAACAUCAGAUUUUUGGACAACCGCCUGUUUGCCACCUGUUCAGACGACACCACCAUUGCAUUGUGGGAUCUCCGUAAGCUGAACUCCAAGGUGUGCUCGCUGCACGGCCACGCCAGCUGGGUGAAGAACAUCGAGUACGACACGAACACGCGUCUCCUCGUCACGUCGGGCUUCGACGGGAACGUCAUCACGUGGGACACCAACAGGUUUACGGAGGACGGCUGCCCGCACAAAAAGUUCUUCCACACUCGUUACCUAAUGAGGAUGCGUCUGACUCCCGACUGCUCCAAGAUGCUCAUCUCCACCUCCUCCGGAUACCUGCUCAUCCUACACGACCUGGACCUCACCCAGUCCCUGGAGGUGGGCAGCUACCGCAUGCUGCGAGCGCGGCGGACUCCCCUCAGCUCAGAUGGAGGCACAUCGACGUCCAGAUCGGCCGGAACUCCUCGGCAGGGAAACGACUCCAGCAAGCUCCACCCUCACAGAGAAGGUAUUUCUCCGAGGAACAGCCUGGAGGUUUUGACUCCAGAGAUCCCCGGAGAGAGAGACAGAGGGAACUGCAUCACCUCCCUGCAGCUCCACCCGAAAGGCUGGGCCACGCUCAUCCGCUGCUCCAGCAACAUGGACGAUCAGGAGUGGACGUGUGUGUACGAGUUCCAGGAGGGAGCGCCCACCCGCCCGCUCGUCUCCCCCCGCUGCUCCCUACGCCUCACCCACUACAUCGAGGAGGCCAACGUGGGGCGGGGCUACAUCAAAGAGUUGUGCUUCAGCCCCGACGGACGACUCAUCUGCUCCCCGUACGGCUACGGCGUCCGCCUGCUGGCCUUCGACGAGAACUGCGGCGAGCUGGUGGACUGCAUGCCGGUGCAGACCAGCUGCCUCAGAGAGAUCCGCUCCAUCUACUCGCACAGCGACGUGGUGCUCACCACCAAGUUCUCCCCCACACACUGCCAGCUGGCCUCAGGCUGCCUCAGUGGACGAGUCGCCCUCUAUCAGCCCAAGUUUUAGAAAGCAGAAGGAUGCGGAGCUGAGUGAAGAAGUGCUGAUCAGGGUUCCUGCACAGAUUACAAAAAACACUCAAUACAACUACAUUUAAAAACUCCUUUCAUCUGAUAUAUGCAGAUUCACCGCUCUCUGACCUGUCAACACAAUAUAACCAGAGUUAGGGGGCGUUCCUUUGAAAAGAAACUCAUUACUCUACAAGAUUACUGCCAUUAAAGGCUUACUAUGCGACUCUCUGAGCAGAUUGUCUGAUCAAAACAACGCUCUCUACACACACGGGGCGGGGCUAACAUGGCGUCAUGGGCCGACAGUGAGAGAGGGAGGGGUUAAUGUAUGAAACAUGUUUGAGCCUCUUGAGUGAAACAUUAAAAACAACCCUCCUAUCAUCUUCCAGCAUUUGUUUUAAAGUGCUGACUUGUCUUCAGAUAUUUAGCGAUCAGUGUAAUUUUCUCUGAACGCGUUUCAAGACGACCUGUUCUGAAAACUCCUCCGAUCUGUGAUACAAAAGGGAUUCACCUGAGAAAUAUUUAAAAGCACUUCUUCGCCUGGGUCUGCAGCUGGGAAUCAGACUGAACCUCAGGAUGUCCUGGUGGGGAAUCAUGAGCUGACAUCCGCUGAGCUGAAGAGAAAAGAAAAGACGACUUCUGAGACCGCUGAAGCAGUGGAUGAAACGAAAGCCUCUUUGAACCUCAAACAUGAAUUAAAGAAACACUUUGAGGCAGCAAAACGGGGCAAACUAGACUCCUACCCAGACUGAGGAGAGGGUUCGACCCACGAUGCAACAUGGCAUCAGUGAAGAACAAACGCUCUUCUUUUUCAUACUAAAGAUCGUUUUUGUCUCCAUAGCAGUAGAAAUCUUUGACUUGUUUCGAGACGUUGCAGCUGCUGUCUCUGGACGAAAGAAAAACACUAAGGAUGCAACAAACAUGAAAGUCCAUGAAACAUAAAAACGUUUCUCUGACGUCUGCGCUGUCGUCGAUCGUUCGACACGGCGUCCUGCACUGCGGAUCGUAUCGCUCUGCUCAUGCCUUCUCCACAGGUGCUGCUUCAUUGCUCAUACAAUCUGAACGCCUAACGCCCUCAGAUCUCCCCCGGUCGCUCUCUUUCUACCCUAACCUUCUCCUUUUUCCAUGCACACACUUCUGUCUCUACUGGUUUAAGCUUUUGGUGGUUUUACUGGUGUAUUUAUGAUGGCACUCCUCCUUCAGUGUUUGAUUCAUUUGAGUGUUUGCAAUCAUUGAGGCAGCUUAAGGUCGAGGUGAAGUUCUCAUUUCUCUUCACUGUUUGUGUUUUUGUCAUGAACUUUAUGCCGUCUGGAAAAAAAAUAAAGUCCCAGCCUGUCAGUAUCCAGAUCCACUUCCUGUACGAAAUGCAAAGAAAGAACUCCCGAAGAGAUAAGACUGGCAUUACUUUUUAUAAAUAAAUGAAUAGAGCUCCAUCUUCAAAUAACUUCCCCACACAUUGCAUCCUGUUAAAUCAAUAAAAAUGAUUAUAAAAGAUGCAAUGAGUAAAUUUAAAAGCUGACUACUGUAGGUUGUAGCAAAACAGUGAAGUGGUGGAGGACUACUUUCUGCUGCGGAGUAAUACACAACAACAACUUAGCCUUAAACGCAUUCUCUUUGGCUCCACGCUGUAGUUUCCAGCAGAGUCAUUCUCUAUUUUUUGUCUUUUCCAAGUAAAUAUUAACCCUUAAGAAGUAUUAACAAUCCUGCCAGAUUCAUCUUUUAAAUAAGUGUCUCGUCGACUCUCGGGAUGGUUACUUUUCUGUUAGCAGACGCUACCUACGCAUCUCCUGUUUUUGUUUAAAAGAGAGAAAAUUGUUGCCAUGACUUGACGUGUUUUUAUGACUUUGUUCUGUUAAAGUAUGAAUAGAGAGUUCGUUGCCCUUCACAAACAUAUCACAAAUCCUUUUCAUAUCAUUAUAAUACAGUUAACCAAUCAGGUUUUGACUCUGUGAGGAGCGAACAGGUUGCUUUUUCUGUUGAAGGACGGGCGAUGCUUUAGUGUUUGAACAAGUGUAGUAAAGCUGAUUUAAGGUCCAAGCACAUCUUUAAUGUAAACAGAUGACUGAAUACAGAAUAGGUUUUAGAUAGACAUAGCAUAUUCUACUAUGCAUAACAGCCUUUAUGGAGAUUCUCCUCUUCUUGCUUAUUUUAUGUGAGGGCGAUGUCAGAUGCCAAAAUAUGGUUUUCUUUAAAGUGAACUGUGAGCUGAGAGCUUGAGGUUAACAUGCCGUAAAACUUCAAUUAAUAGCCGGGCAAUCAAAUGACCCCGCCUUUAUUUGGGACAGGUGUCAAUACGAGGCGGGCCUUUAAUUAUUUUCAAACAAAAUUUGUGCACAGCAAAGAUGGGAAAGACUAUCAGAUUGUAAACUUAGGCCUACGCAAGAAAGAAUAUUUAAUACUUAAACGUGUAGAAGAAAAGAAAAGAGGAUAUCUAAAAACAUUGAUUUGAUCUUACUUGGUAAGACAUCCAUACCAACCUGUUUCACUUUGGGGCCGAGGGGGAGACAUCCUCCUCAUUAAUAUAUUUUUGAUCUGCAAACUAAUCAACUCUAAAUUCACAGACUCCUCUUAUUGAAUGUAUUUGUCUAAACUUACAGCAACACCAGGCUGAUAAUUUAGCGACUAGGCCUCAAAUUGGCAUGGGCGGUUCUAGGCAGGGGCCAACAGGGGCUGGUCCCCCCUGUGGCCACCCCUCCAAAAGGAAGCACCCCCCUAAUAACACAGUAUUUGACUCAUAAUCUAGUAUUAAAUUCUGUUACUGAAACAAAUAUAAAUCAUGGUAUUUAAUGAUGUGCGCUAUUGUUUGGCAUAAAUAUAUAGAUAUUUUUUAAAGCGAUCAUCUUUGUCUAUUUUUCACCUGGGUUUAAUGUUCCCCUCUGAUAAAACAACUGGCCCCAGUUUGGCCCCCUCAGUAAAAGUGGUCUAGAACCUCCACUGCAAAUUGGGAUGGGCUUUUAUUUGAAUUUUGAAGGUAUGCUAUGAUGGAUGUUAAAUUUCUUUUUUUAAAAGAACUUCAUGAGAUAAACAACUUUUUUUGCUUCCUUAAAAAAUGUUAGAUGUGUAAAUAAAUACAUAUUGGUCCAUUGAAUACAUUGUGAAGCUAAUGAUAGCAGCUUAGCCUGGCUUUUCCCACAAAGAAAGUAGCGAUCCGUGUUAACUUUCACCAAGUCUGCCUAUCACAGCUGAAUAAAGUAUUUGAUUAAUAUUACACCUCGGGUUUUUAAUGUGUACAAACCGAAGUUUUAAACCGAAAAUCGGCCGUGUUUGUGUUGGUUCUGGAUCGGACUAUUUCUUGGCCGGGACCGGUUACUUCCUGGAAUCUCGGCGGGUUGCCUAGCAACCGAACCGCACAGAUCUGGGCCUAAUCACAAAAACGGCAAACUUGUUUUGUACCAAGGUGUUUUUGGUUUUUACAGAUUAAACACACCAGAUACAAAGUGUUGAUUCAUUGUAUGUAUUUAUUACAGUUUUUUAUGUGCAGGUUCAUAUCACAAAAUGUUUAAAUUAAUCUUCAUAACAAACCCCUGCAAAUAUUUAAAAAAUAUAUAUAUAUUUACAAUUCAUUGAAAUAUAGCAUGAUUAAUUGAUUUUCUCAGCUCACACAACAUGAAGGACUCUUAAAACACUCUGUAACGCAAUAUUUCUCCACAUUUAAGUCAGCUUUAAGAGGUUUUUCAGAUUUUUUAUAAUCACAUUUUAACCAUAUUUGUGAACUGUCAUAUUUAUUUUUUGCGUGAAAUUAAGUUAAAGAUAGUUUCCUUAUUAAAUAUAGAUGUUGAAUUAUAUAUAAAUGCUAGAUAUUAUAGCCUAAAUGUUUAAUCUAAAUUUCAAGAUUCUAAAUAUUUAGAAAUCAUAGCAAAUGUUUUGAAUAUUAAAUAUUUAGAAUCGCAAAAUGUAUCUUUAACAUUUAGAUAUAAUAUUUAACUUUCAGAUAUAAUAUCCAACAUUUAGACAGCGUAUAGCCUUUAACAUUCAACAUUUCGAUGUAACAUUUAUAUUUGCAAGUGAAAUUAUCUUUAAUUUAGUUUCAAAAUAAUUUAUGAAUAAAUAUGACUUUAAAUGUGAUUUUAAAAAAGUGACAUUUUAGAGCUAAAUGUGGAGAAAUGUUGUUGUUGUGUUAACUUUACAAUGGGCGCCCCAACUGACUGCUUCAAAUGUGGAUAUUUUUAAAGGUGCACUAUGUAGAUCUGGUAGUGAAAUUUGAAAGUUGGAGAAGUGAAACUAUUCUGUUAUAUUUUCUGAACUAAAUACACAAACUUUAUUCAAAGGAAGAAAUGGAUCCCUGGAACACGUUUUGGAGCUAAAAAGCCCCGCCAUAACUUCCUGCGUAGCAUUUUUUCUUCAAACGAUGUUCCAGGGACCAAAUUUUCCUCUGAUGAUAGUUUGUGUAUAGAUGUAUGAACACAGAAUCUGGUGCACCUUUAACUCAUGGAGUCUAUUUCACGUUCAGCUCAACCAAUUUGGGGAUGUUCCCUCAUCAGGAUUAACUAAUCCCCUCCUUACAUGCGCUUAUCAAUUGUAUAAUUAACCCUUUAAACUGCAAAAUGUGUGGUUGAUCUUUCUUGUAAUUGGAUGAGCCGAAGGUUAAAGUGCCAGAAAGGUGUGUACUCUGCUUUAUUUAAUUCCCUUUCAGAAGCUUCAAGAAAAGUGUCUUAUCUGCCAUUUUCAUUUCAGGUACUUUACACUAUAUGAAUUUUAUUUUUCAGUCACUCCUGUUCCGGGUUUUAACAUUAAUUCUGCUGUGGAUUAUGUUCUCGGUAUUUCUGGUGUUAACCUGUGCACACCUGACCUGAUCCCAGCUGGAGGAGGAGGGUGGACGAACAUGUUGAAUUGCUUACUUGCUUUUGUUUCUUUAAUGGCUAUACACAGCGAGUAAUCCCAACAAAUGAUGCUAAAAUGGUACUCAUUAUCGCUGAAAUAAAAAGAUUAGCUUCUUUUUC